AUGCCACCCUUACAGUUUAGGAGAUUUUCUACGGAAAAUGUUAGUCUUAUUACGUCUAGUCUCAUGGAAGAGCUAGUACCAAUAUGGAUUAGUCAUGAGAUUUUCAUUUGUGAUAACCAAGUGAAUGCCCAAGAAGAGAAAUUAUUCAGUGCAUAA